AUGGCAUCGUCAUCAUCAGCAGGAUUAUUUAAAGAACGUGAAAAAUUUGUUAAGAGACAUGCAGAAGAAACAGCUUUUCUUGCAUCAGCUGAAAAACGUCAAAAAACUGAGAAACCAUCAUCACAAAAAACUAGUCGACCUAAACCUGCCAUUAAUCGAUCGAAAACAUCGUCAGAUUUUACAUCAGAUUAUCCUUCAUCAACUACUGGUUCUAAAUCGCGGUUUUUGUCAUUGGCAAAUGUUGUCGAAAAAUUACAAGAACGAUUUCUUAGUGGACAAACUGAUGCAUUAACAUUAGACGAACUUAUUGAAGAAUUUGAAUUAAAAAUCGAUUCAUCUGAUAAACAUUGGCUUAAUUCUGAAGCUCUUUUAUCAAAUAAACAAAUUGAUGUAAAGAGAAUUGAUGAUAUUAAUAAAUUUGUAUAUAAACCACCACUUGAUUUAAAAGCUCCUAAAAAAACUCCACUUCUUAAUCUUUUAAAAUCACGACACGAAAAAUGUGAAGGUGCUGUAACAGUUGAUGAUGUACGUGAAACUAUUCCAAGACAAAAAGCUGAUUUUAUAAUUGACAGUUUAGUUAAAGGUGGUGAUGUUGUUAAAGUAACUAGUAAUAAAAAAGAAGUUUUGUUUUAUACUGAUCGUCCUUAUGAUCUUCGUGUUAAUCAAGAAUUUAUUGAAUCAUGGAGAAAAAUAUCAGUUGAAGGUUUAGAUGAUAAGAAGAUAUGUGAAUUUCUUGAUAAUCAAGGACAUCAUGCUUUAAUUAAGAAUGCAUCACGGCCAUCCAAUUUACCAGCGAAAUCAAAACGAGGAGGUCGUCGUCCUGAUACUAUGAAACAUAAUCAACACGUUGCUCAUAAACUUGAAGAUUAUUCUAAUCCAGCACCUAAAAAAUAA